AUGGUCCUCUUCAAGCCCAACGAUGCUCCAGUGCAAAAGCUCUUCGAUCUCACCGGCAAGGUCGUUGCAAUCACCGGUGGUGGACGAGGCAUUGGACUGACCGUGGCGACUGCCUACGCAGAGGCCGGUGCCCAGGUGGCCAUUCUCUAUCGCACAACUACCACAGCCCCAAAGACAGCAGAAGACCUUGCCGCCAAAUACAACACCGUGUGUCGCGCAUAUCAAGCUGAUGUCACCAUCCCAACCCAAAUCUCGGCCGCCAUCGACACCGUCGUCCUGGACUUUGGAAAAUUGGACGUAAUUGUCGCCAAUGCAGGGAUAUGCUCCGAACACGCAGGCGAGCAAUACACUCCCCAUGAGUUCCAAGAGAUCAUGGACGUCAAUGUCAACGGAGCGUUCUAUACUGCCCAGGCCGCUGCAAGAGUAUUCAAGAAGCAGGGAUUCGGCAACGUGGUGUUUACGGCCUCGGUCAGCGCAACUCUCGUGAACACGCCCCAACGACAGGCUGCGUACAAUGCUUCCAAAGCCGGGGUCCUGCAACUCGCCAAGUCCCUCGCAGUGGAAUGGGUGGACUUCUGCCGCGUCAACUGCGUCUCGCCAGGAUAUGUCCAGACUCAGAUGAUGCAGUAUGCGUCGUCGGAGAUGCAGGGUAAAUGGUUGGGUCAGGUUCCUGCCAAACGAUUUGCUUCGCCAUAUGAGCUUAAGGGGGUUUAUCUUUUCUGUGCUUCGGAUGCGUCUAGUUAUAUGACGGGGUCGAAUUUGGUGGUUGAUGGGGGGUUUACUUUGCCAUGA